AUUGGCUGGUCCCCGGUCUUCUGUUUCCAUGGUGACAGCGCGCGGCGCCGAGGAGGAGAGCUGCUGCCGGGCGCCGGCUCCAGAGCGCCAUGAACAGGAAGAAGCUGCAGAAGCUCGCAGAGUCGCUGUGCCGGACCGCGAAGCACUUCAAUAAAAUUGAAGUGGAAUGUCUCAUAAAGCUCUUCCACACCCUGGUGGUUGAACCCAGUGAUCGGCAUGGCAUCAUUGGCUUAGAUCGUAACACGUUCAGAAACAUUCUGCAUGUCACAUUUGGGAUGACAGAUGACAUGAUUAUGGACCGAGUGUUCCGUGCUUUUGACACAGAUAAUGACAGCUGUGUCAGUGUAAUAGAAUGGGUGGAAGGUUUAUCAAUAUUUCUUCGGGGGACAUUAGAAGAAAAGAUGAAAUAUUGUUUUGAGGUCUAUGAUCUGAAUGGUGAUGGAUACAUUUCAAGAGAGGAAAUGUUUCAUAUGCUGAAGAAUAGCCUGCUAAAACAACCAUCAGAAGAAGAUCCUGAUGAGGGAAUUAAGGACUUGGUAGAAAUAACACUGAAGAAAAUGGACUAUGAUCAUGAUGGCAAGCUCUCUUACACAGAUUUUGAAAAAGCUGUAAGAGAUGAAAAUCUUCUCUUGGAAGCAUUCGGACCAUGUUUGCCAGAUAUCAAGAGCAGCAUGGCAUUUGAAAUGCAGGCAUUCCGAGAAACUGGUGAUAUGUAGCUCUGCAACUGGAAAACUGCUGUAAAGGACAGUUUCUCUGCAUCAGUUUUCUUAAGACAGUAAAAACAGCAGCAAGUCAGAACUCUUACUUUAAUACUACAUCUCAGCAUUCCUUAACUUCAGUAUACCUGCUACUGAAGAAAUGGGUAAGAGGAUAACAAAUGGCUUUUAAAGGAGUUAAUGUUUCAUGAGGUAUAAAAUAUUAUCUGUGUGUCUGGCUACUGAGAUACGAGAGUGCUACUAAUUAUAGACAUUUGUUUAAUGAAAUGUCAAAAAAUACAAAAUUUAUAAUCAUGAAUGUUUAUGCUACUGCUAGAAAAUACAUUAUAAUAUACAGAUAAUUUAAUAUUUCUUUACCUCUGACAUCACAAAAAUAAAAAAAACUUGAAAUUCCAUCCUUUAAAGGCAGAUGAACACCAAAGAUGCUGCCUGCGGUAUCUAUAUUCUUCUUCUCUGCUUCAUCGGUGGCUUUGUUUGAGUAUCCUCUGGCUUUUCCCCAGAUGAUUCUGGAACAGAAACUGCUACCUAGUUUAAAAAGGAAAAAGUCCAAAAUCAGUAAAUUGUAAUUAUUCCUGAUUCUGUUGCUUUUAGAAUAAAUGUCCCUGGAUGUUUAUGUAACUUUGAUAUUUGAAUUUUAGGAGCAAUGUACAGUAUUUGUUCAUUGCAAUUGUAUUACAAGCUUUCCACCACACAAAGUUGUAAGUGAAUGUUACGCACAAAGACAAAUUAAAUAAUAUUUUUAAUUCUUAGAAUGACAAUAUGGAAUACCGGGAAACAGUACAGCAUCAACAAGCAAGUGAAUCAGUGACAAACAACUUGCUGUAUUUUAACAAAUAAUUGAUUUUAAAGGUUUGGUAAUGAUAGAAUGUUGCACACUUUCGUUAUGUGCAUCAACAGUAGAGGAAUAUCGAAGUAUAGUUUAGCCACCUGCAACUAAAACUGUAAUAUGGAAAAAGGAGGAAGUGCUUUGGAAUAAAGUGGGUUUUUGUUGUUUUUUUUAAGGUGAUGUGUGAUUCAUUAAUUGAUUUAGCAAUUUAGUUGCAGUUGAGCCCCUUCAAAUCUACAUAGCUUUCUGUAUUGAAGGUAGCAGUCUCUGUUUCUUGAUUUUUUUUAACUUAAGCCUACUGAAUACAAAUAGUAUAAUAGUAAAAGAAAAAUGUUUACUAUUGCACGUUACCUCAUGUACAGUAUAACAAUUCUUAUUAAAGGGCUACUGUACUAUGAAAAGUGACUCUACUGUCCUACUUGUUUAACCCCUUUACUGUUCACAGAAAAUGAAAAUAAUCCUGAACCCCUCAUUGUUAUAUAGCUGUUAAGGUAAAAUAUUUCACCUGGGGCAGUAUGCAACA